GAAUCAGACGUCGAGACCACGAGACACGUCAAGACGUCGACGACACGAACGGGACGGGAGCUCGCGGCAUGUAAGCCGAACUCUGAGCACGGACUGGCGACGAUUCGUCUUCUCCUCGAUGCACCGCGCGUGGCCGCGCGAUUAUCCCACGUUAAGCCUGUGUGAUGAUCUCCGUGACGAUCAACGAGUCGCAGUCGAACUAGUCGAAGCCGAGACUCCGAAGUGUCGGCGAAGGACGUUCGGCCGAAAAUGACGGAGAGUCUGAUAAACGAGUGGCUGGCGGACUGCAAGGAUGUCGCGCCGUCAGAACUGCACAUGUUUGCCAGAACGCUCGUGGAGGACAACGAGAUCGUGCGGGCGCUUUACAUGCUCUUGGAGGAGCGCACCAAGUACAGCGAGUUAAUGGAUGAAGUAUGCAACCAGUUGUAUAACUUUUAUCGGUCUCGGGAAAUAGAGUUACAAAGGUUCACUCUGCAAUUUUUACCAACUCUAAUAUAUAUUUAUCUAAAUUCUGCUGCACAUGGUGAUAUUAAGAGUUGUCGCUCUCUUGAGACUCUAUUAAUUGGAUUAUAUAAUCUAGAAGUCGUCGAUAAAUCAGGACAACAAAAAGCGAUCUCAUUUAGAUUACCGUCUCUUGCUAUGCUGUCUAUAUAUCAUGAGCCUGCUAGUCUAGCACCAGCCUCACUAACAGAAAGCGCAGUACGUCGCUUUGAAGAGUGCAAUUCGAAACUUGUGAGCUGGGGUCCAUUACAACAAGUAGAAACAUUGAAUGCGCAAAAUAGAUUGAAAGUUAUGACAGCUCUACUUUUUAUUUACAAUCAGCAGCUUGGAUAUAUAAAUAAAUUUGCUCUAGAACAGUUGUGCAAGGUUGCAACAAAACUUGUUACUCAAGGAUUUAUGAAACCAGGACAUCAUCAACGUUCCUCAUAUGGCAGUGAGUCUAGCUUUGUUCCAAGGCUUUUACCACGUAUACCAGUAUCCAGCCAAUUUCUCUUGGAAUUCUUGCAUGCUGUAUAUUUUGCCAUGUAUAACGAAUGCUGGUAUGUCGCAAAUCAAGCAAUAGAGGAUAUACAUAACAGAGCAUGUUAUGAUAUAUAUACAAAUGUAAUGUUAGUGACCAACGCUAUACGCAAUUCUGCCAGUUCUGGAGCGCCAGGUCAGCCAAGCGAUGGACCAAUGGGAAUUAGUGUUGCGUUGUCCCCAGCGACUACUACACCAACUGUAUCAAAAUCUAUGAUCACAAAUGCUUCCUUCCGUACUAAGAAAUUACCAGAUGACAUACCAAUACAAGUUGUAAAAGAUGAAACUACUGGAGAGGGCAAAAGUAACCUGGUGUCCAUUAUGGAAGAACCAGACACAGCAGAGCCGAACCGUAUUGGUUCCAUGAGACAAUCAAAGGAUCAAAAGACUGCUUCGAAGAUUGCGAAUUUUCCCGUGCUCGGAAAGAAACCUAAAGAGAAAGAAGGGAAAUUAAUAAAAAAUGCUCACGUUGCAUCAUCCGAGAAGGAGAAAAAGAUCGGUUCUCAAGCGACGUCGAAGGAGACUAUUAAAGGCAAUUUAUCAAUGAUAAAUAAUGAACAACAAGGGGAAAUCGACGGAAAUGUUAACGGAUGUGCGAUCCGAAAGAAAAAUAAUGUAGAAAAUAAUGCGAUUAUAAUAGAUCCAAAUGUAGCAUUGAUCGACAGUGAGAGACUCGCGUUAAGUAGUGACAUUACCGAUGGUAAUAAUAUUGAAAAUUCUAUUAAUUUAAGAUCACAUAAUGAAACAGAGUCUUCUAUCCAGAUUAGCUCUGUUUAAUGAUGAUAAAAGUCUAUAAAAAGUGUUACAUAAAAAUAGUAAUGGGCUGAACAUAUUAAGCCAUUUUCUUCCAUCUAGCAGAAUCUUAUUGAAUCUAUGUAUAAUGUGUACACGUUGCCUUUUCCUAGAAUUAUUUAAGAUCACACGCACUAUUUUCGCAAACAAUGAUACAUGUAUAUUGCCACUGCAUUGCGAUACUUGUAAGGAUCGUAUAUUUUUCUUGACAUGUAGUGAUUUUAGUCAGUCCAUUACUCUGUUGAUCUCCAUGAUAAACAUAAAAAUGGGAGAGGGAACAAUACGAACUAAAGGUACACUGUUGUUUCGUCAGGUGUUUUGUGCAUAUUAACUAAUUUUUGUAACGAAAUCUAUAAUUUAUUCCAUAUAUUUUAUAAAUACACGUCGUAUAAUAUUGUAAUAGCCUCUUUAUUCAGGUGCAGUUGUCGAGUUUCACUUCUAUAGGUUAUAGAUCAUUAUAAUCGGAGAAAUGAGUAUUAUCAUGAUAUAAUACGUAUACAUUUGAUCCAGAUGUGCCUUCGCGUUGUAAACUUUUCUCUAUAAUUUAAUUUUCUAUAUGUAAUUAAUAAAUUUAUGUACGAAAAUACAUUAUAAUUGUUACAAAUACAGUAUAAAAUGAAGAAAGAAGGUGGGUGAGAAAGGAAAAACAGCAAACAGAGCAUUUAAAACAAAGUUGCUGUGUCACUUGAUUAAAUACGAGAUGAAUAAGUAUCUAUAUACAGAGUAUCAGGCAUAUCUGGAUUGAAUAAUAGAUACCUGCUAUUAAUUUUGUCAUAAUUGUUCCAAAAUAUAUCAACAAUUCAUGGUGAUGAAUUAUCUGUUUUUACAAAUAGUUGAGAUAUAUAUACAUAUAUGUAUAUAUUAGAGCUCGGCACGAAUUGCACAUUUUAACUGAUUUUCAACUAGCGCUAUUCCCCUUACCUCAUCAAUCUGCACGCAGUCUUAGUAUUAAUCGGCAUUUGCGCAUAGUAGUGAUAUAAAGGAAAAGUGUCAAGCUAAAAAUCGACUGAAAUGUGCAAUUUGUGUCAAUUUCUGAUAUAUAUUAAUAUAAACAUUGAUAUAUAUGUAUAUACGAUAUAUAUGUGAUUGUUGGAAAUAAUAACAAAAAUUCAGGUAUAAAAAAAGAUUUUAUUCUCACGUGAACGUUGACCCACGUUGAAAAUGGUUAACUAAUCAAGAAAAUGUGUCAUCUAUGCAUGGAAAAAUGGGAAUUGAAUAGUAGAUAUGUAUUUUUCAAUGAAUUUCGGGCUCGAUUUUGUCCGAUAUUUUAUUCUACGAUUUGUGUGUUUAAAUGGUCGGUCAAAACGCAAUCUUUUCAUGUGAUAUUUAUACGCAACUCUCUAAACUUCUAAUUCUAUAUAAGCUCAUUAAAUCUGAUUAAUAAUAUGAAAAUGAUAAGCGAGAAGAGAAUCAUGCGCUUUCAAGCGCAGUAUGAAUUUUGUGUCUACACAAUAAAAUUAGGAUAUUUUUAUAAAUUAACGCGUGUGUUCAGAACGCAUAUAAAAAAAAGUAUUGAUCUAUCUUUAAAGUCUUUGAAGUCUUACUUUAUUUUGCAUGUCUUUGCGCAUUUCUUUUUAGAAGAAAUGUACAAAUAUAGACAUAAAGUUGGAUAAUAAAAGAGAGAUACGCCAAAGACUGCAGUACGCUACGCUAAUUUAUGUGGUAAUUUGCUUUUCCUAUAAAGUUUUCCUGAGGAGAAGUCAAUUCUAUAAAUUCUUCAAAGGGCAGAUCAGUUCCCACUUAUCCAUGUUCGUUCUGAGUUCACACAGAAUUAUACUCGGGGUUGGAAAUGUUACUUUAUAAAAGUAACGCGUUAUUAUUACCGUGACUUUUGUAAAAAGUAACUCCUUAUCUUUAAAAGUAAUAAUUCCUUGCUUUUUUUGUUGCAUUUUCACGAAAUUUUGAUGACUUUUUUUAAGAGUGGCAUGCAUAUAAAAUUUGUAGUGAUUUAUACAUUUAUAAAGAAGAAAUAAAAUUCGUUACCAUUACUGUAAAGAUGUAACGAGCUUACCAUUAGCAUUACAGGCAGAAAAAUAAUGAUUGUUAUAAAAAGGUAACAGUAAUGACAACGGCGUUACUUUCUAACCCUGGUUGUACUAAGCUAUUAAUGUGUAAAUAUUAUAAAAACUAAUUGUGUAUAGAGAAGAGAGAAGAAAGUUUGAUUCAAAUAUAAAAAAAAAUCGUAAUAUAUCGUGAAUUGCAUUUGUUAAAAAUAGGUCGAAAUGUUCUAAACUGUGAAACAGUAUAUCAAGAACGAAAUGGAGUCAAUGCUUGUUUGAAGGUCAAUGAUUAAUUAUUCUAUGGCCUAUAUUGUAUCAAUUGAAAUAUAACAUAUGGAUUGUAAAAAUACAUUGAAGUUAUUUUGAAAAGUUGAUGAGCAACGAUAAAAGUAAA